AUGGCGCUAGAUCUUGAUGAAGGCUAUGUGGCACCGGGCCUUGCCCAUCGCGGUGUCGAGACCUCCCUCCCCAUCUUCAACGUCGAACGAGUCCAAUUGCAGUUCAACAUCGCAUCCGACUUUGUCGCUGCUCAGGUUGCAAAUAACGUCCUAAUACUGGCCCUUGCUACUGGGCGCAUUCUCCGUAUUGAUCUGGAGAGCCCCUCUGAUAUUGACGAUGUUGACCUACCCAAGAAGACAAGCGAAGUCGGUCUGAUACGGCGCAUGUUCCUUGACCCUUCGGCAUCCCAUCUUAUCAUCAGUACGACUUUGGGCGAGAAUUUCUAUCUCCAUAGUCAGUCAAAGACGCCAAGGGCGUUGUCAAGAUUAAAAGGCGUGUCUAUUGAAUCAGUUGCCUGGAAUCCCUCGCAACCCACGGCCUCGACACGAGAAAUACUGGUCGGGGCGAUCGAUGGGAAUAUCUACGAGACAUAUAUUGAACCCGCGUCCGAAUUUUAUCGACGAGAAGAGAGAUAUUCCGCCCAGGUUUGGAAACUUCCAGAUGGAUCUGUGACAGGGCUGUGGGCUGAGACUGUAGAUGGUAGAGCCGGUCUGAGGAGGGUCAUCAUCGCAUCGCACUCAAGAUUAUGUCAUUGGAUAGGUAAAACAGGUGGUAGAGGACGAGAAGGCUCAGCUUCCAUUUAUGCCGACCUGUUCUCGAAAGAGGCCCCUGUAACACAUACCGCUAGUGGUGCUGCCGCUACAGCCCCAUCCUCGUUCUCAGUGUCUCCGGAAACAGCAGACUCGAGUUCUAGCUCCGAUCGAAGCUUCGCAUGGCUCUACUCUCAAGGUGUCUUGACCGGCAAACUUCUCACAUCUCCGACCACUUCCAACCUCGGCUCCAAGAUCUUCAGCGAAGCCACACUCCAUCCUCGGUCUAUUUUCCCAGAGACGAUAUCUGCUCGUGGUGGACGCAAGCUGAUCCAAGACCCAGUUGCAUCUGUAAUACUAUCACAAUGGCAUGUACUCGCUCUCGCUGAAGGCCGAAUCAUUGCGGUCAACAGGCUCGACGGGAGUGUCGUUUAUGACCAAGCUGUCCUAGAAUCAGGUCAAAGCGCCCUUGGGCUCGUUGCAGAUCAGAAGAAGAACACCUUCUGGCUAUUCACCAAUCAGGAGAUAUUUGAAGUUGUUGCUAACAACGAAGAUCGAGAUGUCUGGAAAGCUAUGCUCAAAAAUCAAGAUUAUGACGCAGCACUCAAAUAUGCAAAAGAUGCAGCACAGAAAGACUCGGUGGCCACUGCUUCGGGAGACUAUUUGUCGAGUAAAGGACAGUAUCUCGAAGCAGCAAGCAUAUGGGGAAAGAGUAGUAAAGCUUUUGAAGAAGUUUGCUUAUCCUUGAUCGACAAUGCACAAGAAGAUGCGCUCAGGACAUAUUUGAUGACCAAGCUGGGGUCAUACAGGAAAUCAUCAUACAUGCAGAGAGUCAUGAUAGCAACCUGGCUUGUGCAAAUGUUUAUUGCUAAGCUGAACGCUCUUGACGACAUGGUUGCAACCAAGGCAGAGCUCAUUGAGAACACCGACGCAGGCGGAGCUCAGCGUGACUUGGAAAAGACACAAAAAGGAUUUCAAGAAUUUAUUACCAAACACAAAGCAGACCUUGACGCCAAAACAACGUACGAAGUUAUUUCGAGUCACGACAGAGAGGAAGAACUCCUUUUCUUUGCCAAUAGCAUCACCGACUAUGACUUUGUGCUAUCAUAUUGGGUGCAACGAGAACAAUGGAACGAGGCACUGUCAGUGCUUAACAAGCAAAGCAAUCCAGAGACCUUUUAUCGGUAUAGCAACGUGCUCAUGUCCCACGUUGCGACAGGAUUGGUGGAAAUCCUGAUGAGGAGAAGUAAUAUCGAUGCGCAGAAAAUGAUUCCUGCUCUUUUGACUUACAACGAGACCGCAAGCGUGCCCCUACCUCAGAAUCAGGCAGUGCGAUAUCUGAACUAUGUUGUCACAAAUGACUUCAGCGUCCCAGCUUCAGUCCACAACACGCUGAUAUCGAUCAUGGCAUCACAUCCAUCAGGUUCGGAGACUGCGCUGCUCGGAUAUCUUGAAAGUCAACCAAGUCCUCCUUUAUACGAUGCAGAUUUCGCUCUGCGACUCUGCAUUCAGCACAAUCGAGUCCAAUCCUGUGUGCAUAUAUAUAGUACAAUGGGACAGUAUCAACAGGCUGUGGAACUUGCCCUUCAACACGAUGAUAUUGACCUGGCAGCAAUUGUUGCUGAUCGACUGGAAGGGAAUGACCAGGUCAGAAAACGACUGUGGCUGUUGAUUGCAGAGAAGAAGAUCAAGGAGGCAUCAUCAAUCAAGGAAGCGAUUAAUUUCUUGAAACAAUGCGAAUUGCUCAAGAUCGAGGAUCUCAUCCCCUUCUUUCCAGAUUUUGUGGUCAUUGAUGAUUUUAAAGAAGAGAUCUGCGAGGCGUUGGAGGAGUACUCCCGGCACAUCGAUAACCUGAAGCAAGAGAUGGACAUUUCUCAGCACACGGCGGAACAGAUCAAGGCCGAAAUUGCUGCCCUGGACCAUCGAUAUGCGAUUGUGGAAUCAGGCGAACGAUGUUGGAUUUGUACACUGCCAGUGUUGAGCCGACAGUUUUUCGUCUUUCCCUGUCAGCAUGCCUUCCACAGUGACUGUCUGGGUAAACGAGUCCUCGAGAAUUCGGGCAGCGCCAAACGAAAACGUAUCAAGGAUCUUCAGACCGAGGUGAAUCAGGGAUUGAGCAUUGGACCACAGCGACAGAAGCUUGUGGCAGAGCUAGACGGGGUAGUUGCUGAGCAAUGCGUACUCUGCGGGGAUCUAGGGAUCAAACAAGUUGAUGAGCCUUUCAUCCAUGCAGGAGACGAUGUGGAGGCAUGGGCUAUCUGA